AUGUUAGUGGGAAUGUUGAGAAAACUGAAUAGCGACCUCGCUUCUCAGCUUCGACUCGAUGACGACGCGCUACCUCCGGUCCAGAUGUCGAAGGAUCGCGAGAUGACGUUUAGUAGGAUGCUCCUCGUGAACAUCUCCUUGAUGUGUGUCUCGAUGAGUCUUCUACAAGAGGAGAACCAGCACGGACGUCGUGUCCGACAUCACGAAUCAGCUCAACCGAUGGAGCUUGUCAGUGGUGCCGCUUGGGCCGCGUCGCAACUUGGUGUGGUGAAAGCGACGUCCCUGCUGAUCGUCGGUCUCGGACAGGUUCUUUUCGGAGGAAGCAUGCGCACCGACUCGAGCCUUAUCCUGCCGAACUCCUCGAUAUCUGAGCGGACCCGUGGAGGUAGACAGCGAGUGACUUUAUUCGAAAUCCUGGCCGCGCCGUUGCAAGUCGUGAUUAUCAGUCCGGCGAAAACUUGGCUAACGGAUGCUCUAGCUAAAUCAGAAUUCGUCCAGGAUAUCCGCCACAAGUUCCUGCUGCUCAUCCUGACGAGAUCGCGGGGUAGCCUCUCGUUGAAUGAAACGCUCCCGCGGAGAUACUGGACUCGAACCAUCUUUUGGUCGGGGCAUAGAAUGCGGAAUUUCCUCUGCAUAAGGAUCCACGACAACUUAUUCGUCACGAAAACAUCGGACCCAAUCAGCGCUUGUGGAUGUACGCCACCAGUCUCUAUCGUUGAACAAGUUGUCGACGCCUUCGAUUUCGAGAAGGAAGAGUCGAUUUACGCGCUUUCAGUGAAAGUGAGAUCCAAUUCGACCGUUUAUGAUGUCUCUUUCAAAACGGAGACUGUGAAUUCCGUGGAUCGCCAGCGAGUAUUCUACAGAAGUCAACGGUGGAGUUUAUGCGCACACGAUGCAUCGAAUUGCUUCUCAUACAUUGUGCUGACAACUACAGACGUCACAGCUUUGCUCAAGCCCUUCGAAGCUGAAGUGUGGUGUUGCUUAUUCCUAGGUGUCCUGGGUGUAGCGACGCUAGUGUCGAAGAUGACGAGAGAAUCCAGCGUAUUCGACACUUUCAGCCAUCUCAUACUCGGUGCUAUAACAGCUCAUGAUCUGCGCUUCAAACCUAAAAACUACUCCAGUCUCACAGUCGGCUGCACCGCUGUCGCCUUCACUUUCAUGAUAUCGAUUGUGUAUUCGAAUUGCGUUAUGUCUGCAUUUCUAGACCCAACAAUGGAAGUGCCGCCUUCACGCCUUCGUUGGGACUGUCGAAUGACCACAUGGUGUGACAGCGUGCCCCUAUUGGAAUAUCUUCUGCAGACGGGAUCCGUUUGUCAUUUCCCGGAGCACCUGCGGCAGAGUCUCGAUAAACCCGUCAGCCGGUCUGCGAUUUUCAAAGGCGAUCGUUAUCGGAGCUCACUCAGACUCGUCGUAGACUUCAGAAGAUCCUCCCCAGAAACGUUCAGUCAAGUUUUCUUGCUCUCAUCGCAAACUAGCAAUAUCUUGGACCGUUUAAUCCAGCAUGGAAUCGCUUCUCUGGGGAGGAUCAAAAUCGCAAGAAAUCAUGCGCAUACAAGGAGCGAUCAAGGAGUCCGAGGUUCGAGGCUCAGGUCGAAAAUAGUAGAGAAAAAAGGACCGAGGGUGCAGUACGUAGCUUUCAAUACGACGCGAGAAUGGUUCGACAUGGAGAGCUUCGUCAAAAUCCUACCCUUGUUUGGCAUUUGCUACCUGCUCGUUCUCUCAGGGAAGAUCAAAGUCAGUGGAGAGAUAAUCUCGAUGAGGGGCUCACAUAAUCAUCCUCCUGAAUUCGAUGGCCACGGCUUGGACGUUCGGACGGCCAGAGGGAACUGGCUGAGAGCUCUGCGCGAAAAUCCGCAGGAGUCCCCGAUAGAGGCAGUCUUGAAGGAGCGACGGAGGCUACCGCUGGAAGUUGCUGCGCAAAUCGUCCCUGUCGCCCAUGUUCCCACGGCUCGACGCCAGGCUGCUGCGGGGAGAGCACCACGGAUAUUUAAACCACCGAAAUUGCACGAGGUGAUCAACGCCAACAGGAUUCUGGGUUCUAAAGCCUCGUCGGGUGGUCGACCUUUCUUGCGCAUAGACCGUCCUGAAAGCCUCAGCAAUGUAACAGCCAAUGAGAAUCAGGUCGGCUCCGGUACGGAAAGCGAGCUCUCAGAGAUAGAGAAAAAGGUCGAAGCCUGUGAGGCCAAGAGCCCAGAUAUCGAUGGCGACAUCAGUCAUUCUUGGGACCUCCUUAACAUGGGACUCAUAACUCCGAUGAGCUUCAUCGAUCGCGUCAAGCAUAGAAUUGACGUGGGUAACUCUCCGACCGAAAGGAUCUCAGACCGAUAUUCUCAGAUAGCAGACAAGGGUCUCGCCAAGAAAAUUCUUCAGCACGACCAUGACUACGAACAGUCGUGUGCAGUGUAUCUCGGAGAUCAUUCGUACACGCACGCUCCGGCUUAGUUUCGAGUGCGCUUGGUCAAACUUCGCGCACAAACUCGUUGUUGGAAACCUGUGUGAGCGAUCGAUGCACUUGUGCUAUCCGCGGAGGACAUCCCACCCUUCUUACGAAUUGAGAACUCGUAUAUUCACACCAACUUCUGUACAGAAAGUAUACAUUAAGUUCUCCGGAAGGCUUGAACUGUAGAAACUCUCUGGCCAACCGGAGCCCGAUUCCUUUUUUUGUCUGAUAACGCACUUUGGGAAUGUCCGCUGACAGACAGUCCCGAUAGGUCGAAUUCAUUUUGAGUGGCGUAACCCGUUUCCGAGAACGAAAUGCAGGAAGUUCUUGCAGAGCUCUGGAAAAAUGCGAUUUGUGAUCCUUAUUCGAGGCUUGUCUGUGUAUCGGCAGCUCAAGACUUCCCUGAAACACCAUUUUGACCGUUCAGGAUGAGACAGUUCCCGGGACUUUGUCUCAUGUCCCGGCGUCUAAUCCGCCAAGAAUUUUUAACUGAAUCCUGAUGUUAUGAUGGAAUCAAGUGUUGUGAUCUCAAUAAAGAAAAAUCCGU